AUGUCACGAAAUCCUAGCGGCCUUCGAAAUAGUAGGCAUCAUAAUGGGCGAGGAAAGAAAAAUAAAACUCUUGACGACUUAAUGAACGAAUUGGACGAUUUUGAAAGACAGGAAGUCCCAGAAAAGCAUCAAAAUCUCCAUCUUUCAUCUCCUGACGGUAGUCCAAACACAAAAAGAUUCCGUGGUUCACAAACCCCAAAUCCGUUAACCACGAUCCCAGAUGAAGAUGGCGAUCUAUAUAUGGUAUCUGCUGAAGAGUCCAGAGAUAUCACCAAUUACGUCAAUGAAUCACGGAAAAUAAAUCAAACCUUACAAUUGGUCGAAUAUACAAACCAUAAUAACGACCUUAUAUAUGCCAAUUCUAUUGAUGCCAAAUGGAAUGAAUCCUCACAGAAUAAACAUAAACCGAAAGAGGGGCUCUUGAAAUCUCGAUACGCCGAUGAUAAUUAUGAUGAUAACGAUGAUGAUGAUGAUGAUGAUGAUUCUGAUAAGCCCACCAAGUCGACAAAAAAUACCGAGCCAUCACCAAUAGAACUUGACCGGCUUGCUCAGCGCCCGUUACCAAUAAUUCCUGAUUUCCAGAUAUACUUGGUGGUGGACACUAAUUUCUUUAUAUCGAACCUCAAUAUUGUCAAUAACUUGAACCUCUUGGCGGUAAGAUACCAUUAUCAAUUAAUUGUUCCAGAAAUGGUGAUCCAAGAAUUGGACGGUUUAAAAGAAGGAAAACGAAUCAGUCGUGGUCCGCGAGGGGAGGAAAUCAAGAUUGGUACACUUGCUCAGAGAGCCAAUACCUGGCUCUACAACCAAUUCGCCGCAAGAAGCAGUACCAUCAGGGGUCAAACCCGUCAUGAGAAAAUCGACCGGUCUUUACGAAAAGACAAUGCGAUCUUUGAUUGCUGUAUGUAUUUUCACGAUUCUGUUAAGGAAAAAGGGUUGGUGAUCUUGCUAAGCAACGACCGUAAUAUUUGCGUCAAGGCAUUAAUGGAGGAUGUGUUGACAGUGAGUUUUGUUGAAGGGAUUAAUUCACAGUUUAUCGGUGAUGUGAUAUACAAAGAGGCUCAGUAUAGAGUUGGGAGAACAGAUUCUGUGGAAAAGCCAUUUUUUGAAAAUAUAAUACCUUCACAAUCAAAAAUUGUGAAUUCUGAGAGACCGCCCCAGAAAACUGCUAACCCAUAUCUUAAUUUGGGAUCUCCCGAAAGAUUCUGUGCCAAGAUCUUUCACGAUGUACAAGCCCUCACUCUUACACUAUUCAAACACUACCUCCAGCGGCUCAUUAUAUCAUAUGAUCCUAUAUCAAUUGAAUAUAGUGCUUUCCAAAAAUGGAAACAAGAAAUGACUUCAUUGGACGCCGUAUUUCGGAUGAUGAAGGCCCAUUGGGCAGAGUGGAGUUUGCAAAUGGUUUUUACCAGGAACACUCCAAUGGCUUUUGAAUUACAAGAAGCCCAAUUUUACAAUGGAAUGAGGAUGGAUUUUGAUUCUGAUAGUUCAUUGUUUUCUGUAUGGGAGCUCGAAAGCGCGGGGAAAGAGAAGCAAUGGAAGAUAUCAAAACCUCAAGAAAGGGUUAUUUUCAAACCACCCAAGACGUUGUUUCAGAUCAAAAAAUUUUUGAAGUUUUGGUGUUUGGUGUUGACAAAGCUUAUCUUGGUGUUGGAUGAUGGACAAGGCACCGACGGAACAGAAACCAGGUCGAUGUGCAUGUUGAUGAAGUUUUGGGAUGGAGCAGUCACGACUUACAUUGAUUCCGAUUGGGUUGAUAUAUAA